AUGAUUACUACGGAGAGUGGGGAUUUUCCUCCACGGGUUUAUUUCCGCAAUCAUUAUAAAAAGAUGAGAGUCCCCUUUGUAUGCUAUGCCGAUUUUGAAAGUAUUUUAGCGCCCAUAGCGUCAUGUGAUCCCGAGUUGUCGGAUGAUAAGUCGUAUACCAAAAAAUAUCAAUCUCACGAAGCCAUCAGUUUCUCAUUGUAUGUUGUAUAUAGUGAGGGUGAUUAUAAGGACCCAAUUGAUUAUUUUGGUCCAGAUGCCGCAAAGAUGUUUGUUGAAAGCAUUGAGAAUGUAUCUAAAGAAGUAGCCACAUUAUACAGUAGAGAUGCUGCCAAACCCAUGCGUUUAACAGAUGAUGAUCGUCUAGCUAUAGCUGGUGCUAGUAGCUGUCAUAUUUGUUGUAGGCGCUUUAACAAAAAAGAUGAGAGAGCUCUCGACCACGACCAUCUCUCCGGGAGGUUUCGAGGUGUGGCACAUAAAGUUUGUAAUCUGAAUUUCCGCAAACCCAACUUCAUACCAAUCUUUGUUCACAACUUGAUUAAUUACGACACCCACCUGUUUAUAAAGAUGUUCGGCAUAAACAAUGAUGACAUUCGUGUUGUGCCUAAUAAUGAAGAAAAAUACAUAUCUUAUGAGGUGGUUGUUCCCGGUGGUGUAAAUUUACGAUUUUUAGAUUCGUUCAGAUUCAUGCCUUCUAGCCUUGAUAGUUUGGUUAACAACCUAAACAGUGAUCAGUUUCGACACACUUCAAAAUAUUUCAGUGGGGAUAAACUAGAACUGGUGUGCAAAAAAGGAGUGUAUCCAUACGAUUAUAUGGACUGUAUUGAAAAGUUUGAUGAGGCCGCUUUACCCCCGAAAGAGUCAUUUUACAACAGAUUAAAUAAAUCCAACAUAGAGGACAGCGACUACGAGCACGCCUGCAAAGUGUGGGAGAGUUUCCAGAUUAAAAACCUAAAAGAAUACACCGCGCUGUAUAACAGAACAGACACGCUGCUCCUUGCGGACGUCAUUGAGAACUUUCGUGAAGUUUGUAUGAAUACCUACAAACUCGAUCCGGCUUGGUAUUAUACCUCUCCGGGCUUAGCGUGGGACGCCAUGUUGAAAAUCACAGGAGUAAGUCUGGAUCAGUUAACAGACUAUGAGAUGGUGCUAAUGAUCACCAAAGGAAUUCGAGGAGGGGUCUCGCAGUGUUGUCACCGAUAUGCUAAGGCCAACAACCCAUAUAUGCAUGAUUACGAUCCGGAGAAACCCAACUCCUAUCUUUUAUACCUGGACCAGAACAAUAUGUAUGGUUUUGCUAUGGUGUCGUCGCUAUGUUAUGGGAAUAUACGGUGGUUAGAGAACACAGAUAAUUUCGAUGUACAUGGGGUAUCAGACACGUCCUCAACCGGUUAUAUACUAGAGGUUGAUUUGGAGUAUCCUAAAGAGCUGCAUGACGCGCACAGAGAUCUCCCACUAGCACCAGAGCUACGAUCGCCUCCGGGUUCGAAAACUAAAAAGCUACUCACCACCUUGUAUGAAAAAGAAAAAUACGUACUACACUAUCGCAACUUGAAAUUGUACCUCUCGUUGGGGAUGAGGCUGAAAAAAAUCCAUAGAGUUAUAAUGUUUGACCAAGGACCGUGGUUGAAGUCGUAUAUAGAUCUAAACACAGAUAUGAGAACCAAGGCGGCCAACGAUUUUGAAAAGGAUUUCUUUAAACUCAUGAACAACUCGGUGUUUGGAAAAACUAUGGAGAACAUCCGGAACCGCGUGGACAUCCGACUCGCCACACAAGACAGACAGGUAGAGAAGUGGGUUGCCCGGCCCAAUUUCAAGAGCAGCACCAUUUUCACAGAAAACCUGGCCGCUAUUCAUAUGAGCAAAACCACCUGUUAUUUCAACAAGCCCAUUUAUGUCGGAAUGAGUGUUUUGGAUAUAUCGAAGACGUGCCUCUACGACUUCCAUUAUAAUGUUUUGAAGAGGAAAUACGGCGACAGGGUUAGAGUUGAGUAUACAGACACUGAUUCUCUUAAUGUGGUCAUAGAGACCAAUGAUGUUUAUGAAGAUGUGAAAAGCAUGAUUGAGCAUUUCGAUACCAGCGACUACAAAGAAAAUAACCCCUACGACAUGCCCCGCGUAAACAAGAAGGUCUUGGGCAAGUGGAAAGACGAGCUCGCCGGUGUGGUGAUGAGGAAGUUUGUGGGUCUGAGGUCGAAGAUGUACGCAUACGAGGACGAAAAGAAAAAAAGCGGAAAGAAGGCCAAAGGUGUGAAGAAAUCCGUAGUAAAACACGAGCUGACGUUCGACGAUUAUAAGACUUGCCUGUUUGACAGUGUGGAUAUUUAUAAAACAAUGAACUCCAUAAGAAGCGAGGGCCACAACCUCUACUCGAUAGAGCUGCACAAAAAGUCUCUAUCUGCCCACGAUGAUAAACGCUUCAUUCUAGAAAACGGCAUUGACACUCUUCCGUGGGGGCAUUUCAAAGUGCCGAUUGAACUAGUCGCAGAGCUGGAAAUUCAAGCGGCUGGAAAUAUAGAUUAA